AUGGAUAAAGAAGUGUGUGAAAGGUUCAAGAAUGUAAGGGGAUGGUUAUCCCAUGAAUUGAUUGUAGGAAAUAUUACAAAUAUUGAUGGAAAUUUGAAAAAAUAUUGUGGUAAUGGAUCAUGUGAUGAUCCUUUCGGAAAAAUUAAUGCUGGAUGUUUAUAUUUGUUUGAUGAGUUCUUUGCGGGUUUUAAACAGUUUACUUCUGUUGCAAAAAGAAAGAUUAAUAUUGUUGAUUACAUUUUGAUAUGGUUAGGGUAUAUGUUAAACCUUAACAAAAUUAAUGAAAACGGCACUAUAGACCUUUUUUAUGAAACAUAUAUAAAUAAUGAUGAUACAGAUAAUAAGUAUAAUCAGGAAAUAGAUGAUGUUGCUGCUUAUACUAGUUAUAAGGAUCUUAUAGAUAAAAAAGAAAAUUUGAUGAGUAUUGAUAUUAAUGAUAUGUCUAAAUUUUAUGAUGCAUUUAUAUUAUUAUGUGACAUGUAUAUUAAGCUUGAAAAAAACUCAAAUUGCGAUAAUUAUUUAGAAAAAGCUAAAAAAUUUGCUGAAGCAUAUGAUGUACUUAAUGAAGAUUAUUAUAAUGGUGAAGGCAGCCCCUAUAAUCAAUUAUUAUCUACAUUAUCAAAUGAUUAUUGUAAUUUAAAAAAUAAAUGUAAUCAAUUUCCAACUCUUCCAACAUAUUCACGAAGAUUCGUAAUAAAAAGGACACUAAUUCCAAUUGCAUUUAUGAUUGUUGCAGUAUCAAUUUUCUUGGGAAUUGAAUAUAAGUAUUCGUCACUUGGAUUUCGGAAACGAUCUCAAAAACAAUGUUUAAGAGAAAAAAUAAAAAAUAUAAUGAAGAAAAUGAUUCAUUAA